UUUAGACUUCAGGGACGCUGGGAGAAGAGAGCCUGCAACUUCAGAAAGGUCCUGUGCACAGCCCAUACGCUUGCCUAGAGACUUCUGCUGGUGUCAGUGGAAACCGAGAAUAAGACUGACACUGAAUAAGAGAGACGAUGCGGACCCUCAUCAUUCUUGCUCUCCUGGCUGUGCUGAUGAUGGCGGCCUUUUGCUAUGAGUCCCAUGAAAGUAUUGAAUCACAUGAAUUUGCAAGUCCUUUCAUUAGCAGAAGGCAUGCCAACAUCUUCAUGAACACUGAGCCUGAGCACAGGAGGAAUCCCUAUAUGCUGGAAAGGAUCAGAGAGCGCAACAAGAGCCCCCAAGAACGUCAGCGGGAGAGGUGCGAAGAUUACGAACUCUGUGAGCAUUACGCCAUGCGCCACGGCUACCCUGCUGCCUAUUCACGCUUCUUUGGGUCGAGACGGGUCAAGUAAUGCGGUCAUGAAUCACCAUGCCCAGUGCCUGGAGCCAGGGCUCUGUAUCUGCAAAGAUGACACCUUUGCAAUGCAUUGUUGCUUGUAAACUGUAUGUUAUUCCAUCUGCUGCUUCAUUCUUCUGUAGACAAUGAUUCCUAGAUUUGGUGUUAAUUAGCACAAAGCUGAUGUAGUGGUGGCUGGGCAGAGAAGGAUGUGGGUGUUUAUUACAAAAUAAAUGGCUGGUUUGAUACUUUUUGUUCAU